CUGCGCCUUAACGCAGUACAUAGUACGUGUCCGGCCUCAGCUUCGCUCUUUUUCGUAAGCCCGAAAGAACAUCGAUCCCUCGUAACGGAGCAUGAAGCUGCUCCGGAAAUUUACCAAGAAAACAGUGCCGGGGGAAUAUGGGGCUGAACAAGAGAGCAGCACAACGUCAAAUCGGUCAAAUCGCGCAGACGGAGCAAACCACAAAGAGCAACACCUCGGUCUCGUGCUCCUAUAUGCAGCUCCUCCAACUCUGUCAGAAACAAGCGGCCCCAGCGUCGACAUCGUGGCUAUUCAUGGGCUUGGGGGUGACCUCCGAAACACUUGGACACACAAAAAUGGGACACUUUGGUUACGGGAUCUCCUCCCACAAUCCAUCCCAGGAGCCAGGAUCUACACUUAUGGAUACCCAUCAAAAGUUUUCCUGAAUCGCUCGGUUGCAGGGAUCCGGGAUUUCUCGACUCACUUGUUGAAUGCUCUAAGUUUGGAGACGCGCGAUAACACGAAAGCCUCUGGCCCUCGACCGAUUAUCUAUGUGUGUCACAGUCUCGGGGGUGUUGUCUUCAAGCAGGCGAUGAACCUAGGUUCCCUGAAAUAUGGAAACGAAGCAAGGGCAUAGUUUUUUUGGGAACCCCACAUCGUGGCAGUGCGAGCGCAGCGCCAGCCAAAGUCUUUGGAGACAUUUUCAACGUGGUAUGGCAUGCUUCUGGAGGUGGACUGUUUAGAAGAGGGGCCAAGACGGAUCUGCUCAGAGCAUUGGGUCAAAACUCUUCUGAACUAAUUGGAAUCGCCGACGAUUU